AUGCACAAGCUACGCUCCUUGCAUCUUGUCCGCCUUAUGCUCGACAAUGAAGAGCUGGCAACCAUCCUUGAUAAGUGCCACGACCUAGAGUACCUUAACAUGCAAGAGUGCAGCCUUGUUGACAUGGAUAACAUGGAUGACAACCUACGAGUGAAGCUUGCCCAGAUCAAUAUGGAUAACCCUGAGUACUCCAGUGACCAACAGGUUGACUAUGAGUACAAGAUCCUUCCUAUUUAUGACUACCGUGAACUUAGAGAUGAUUGGCAUUCCUACUAUCCGGAUUACAACGAUUCCUAUGAGGAAUAUUGCUACUACAUUGGUAGUGGUGAUGGUAUCGCCGAUGCCGAUCUCGAAGAGUAUGAGAAGAUACUUGACAUCAAGAGCAUGCGUAGGUACCUAAGCUAA